AUGUUGUCGAUAAAGCAAGCUAGUUUCUGCUCAAAAAGAUUAGUUUCUUAUAUACCAAGGUAUGUUAAUAUGUUUUAUUUAUAUUGUUUUAUGUUUAGACAGAAAACUCACUAUGAGAUCUUGGAAGUAGAUCCUAAAGUUUCGAACGCAGAAAUUCAGAAGGCUUUUGUGGAGAAGUCAAACCGGUUACAUCCAGAUGGACGACAUUUCCAGCAUUCUGCAAAAGGAACUGAAGAUUUCAUGGCAUUAAAGGAGGCUUAUGACGUUCUGAGAAGGCCGGAGAAGAGGAAAGAGUAUGAUCGAGAGCUGGAGUUCGGGAAGAAUGCUGCUAGAGACAUGUAUUAUGAAGCUGUAAGUAUUUUUGUAGAUUUUUUAUGGCUUAAUGUUUUUUCAGUAAUAAAUUUUAAACAGUUUGAACUAGUUUUAAGUUUUUUAGUGUGUUUUGUUAAAAGACGUGCUAUCAUUAUUUGUCUAACUCAAUAUAUUCCCGUUUAGGACGGAAGUUCUUCUCAAGGUAUAGACCCCAACCUCAUCAACCUCAACAUACGAUCUCCUCGGUCUCAGCUUCGACCAUUAAGGUCCAGAAUGUCAUUAUCAGAUAGAGUUGGGCACUUCUUUGAUCCAGCAAAAGCUAUAGCAUUUGAGGAGAUAGAACGAAGGAGGAUAAUAUAUGGAGCGGUGUUCUUUGUUCUUAUUAUAAUAGGUGAUAUUUGUUAUGUACAUUAUUUGGAACAUAGAGGGCGCAAAGUAGCUUAAAUUGACUAUGGAUUGUAAUGUUGAUAUUGUUUUAGGAAUAAAUGUCUUUCAUAUUGUUGUUAAUAGUUUAGAUUAUGAUUUUUGUUGGUUAAUAGCCAUGUAUAUUUGAUGACAAAGUAAAUUGAGCGAAUGUUUUAAAGUAAGUUUAGAAUAAUGUUGAAGUUCUUGAACUUGGGAAGACGGAGGUUGUUUUUGGCAAGUAUACGACCUUAUUCUAGUACUAAAAGGUAAGUUUUUUUGUUUGGUUAUAUAAUUUUAUUUUUUUACGAUUUUUGUUUCUUAAAUCUUUUUUUUGUUACCUAAAAUUACACCAAUUUUCUAAAAUAUACAACUUUAGAGACUACUACGAAGUCCUAGGAGUACCAAAAACAGCGACCAGUCGUGAGAUAAAGUCAGCGUUCUACAAACUCUCCAAGCAGGUAAUUCUAACCUAAAAUAAUAAAAAAUGUGUAGUAUCAUCCAGAUGUUCCAGGCGCAGAUUCUGCCAAGUUUUUGGAAGUAAAAGAAGCAUACGAUGUCUUGAGAGAUGAUAACAAACGGAGAGAAUACGAUACGUUUGGGCAUGGUAAUGCCUAUCACGGGCAGGGUCAAGGGUAUGCGGGUCAGAAUCCUUUUAAUCAAGGGUUUGGACAGAACUAUGGUGGAUAUCAGAGGGUUUACAAGACGAAUAUUGAUCCUCAUGAGUAUGAGAGGGUAAAUUGGUUAUUUUUUUAAAGCUAUUAUAUUUGUAUAUAUGAAAAAAGUUAUUUUAAGUAAAUUUAGGUCUUAUUGUCUAUAGUCAUGACUAUAUUGUUGUAGAUUAUUUUGAUUUAAUGAUAAUCUUUAGAUCAUGCGUGAAAUGGAUCGAGUGUUUAAAAACUUUGGGGCUCGAACUGGUCCAGCUGGUCAAUCUACAAGGUUUUAUGGGUUCAAACGAGAGUUUAAUCAACAGGAAUUUGAUAGGGUAAGGUUUUAUCAGUGUUAAAAUUGGAGUGUCAAGUUAACAAACAUUUUUGUCGAUAAUUAUGUAAAUUAUAUGUAAUUAUAGCAAUUACUGUGAUGUUGUUGUAGAUAUGGAAUGAGAUGAGGAAGAAUACCAAUAAUAGGCAGGGUCCUAUUUUCGACGAGAUUUUUAAACGUGCUAGGGAACGUGCUGAUGCAUUUCAUCAACAACAAAACGACCAAAGGUGGCAGACACAUAGCAAUGAAAAAAAGGAUAGGUAACUUCAUUUUUAGUCAUUCUAUUUAUAACUUUUGUUUAAUUUUUAUGAUGUUUACUGCAGGGAUGUGGGCACUGUUGGUCUGGGGGUCUAAAAAAUUGGCACAGGUAGCCCCAGGGGGUACCCCCUCUCCUUCUGUCUCUCCAAUUUCGUGACAAUUAACUUUAAAAUAUUUGUGAAAAUUGAUUUUAGGGAACAUUGGAACUACUAUCAGUUUAAGGUGGAAAACUAUAUUGACGUAGCCAAAGCUCAUAGAUAUUUUCGUGCAUUCACUAUGUUUUGUGUUGGUACAGUGUUCAUCUUGAUAUCUUUUCGGUAUGUUUAUUUAUAAGUUCUUAUUUGAGCUAAAUCGUAUAUUUUAAUGGUUUUACUCUAUGUGCCACACUUAUUUUUUUGCACAAUCUAUUACUGUAUGACAAUAUUUAUGAUAUACAGAAUACUGUAAAUUAAUUUUUUAGUAGCUAUGCUGAUUUAUAUUUGUUGGUGAUGACAAGGGCUUUUUAAUAUUUAAAAUAUAUAGUUUUGUUGUUUCAGUAAUUAUCUCAAAGAAGGAAGACCAAACCAGGAUCGUAGCGAAGUGUAUGAUCGUCAGAAUAUUGUGAAUAUGAUGAAUAAACCUCCUAUUGAUGUGAAACCGGAAGAAAUGGGUUUGAAACGAGAAGAAAUGGUUGUGAAGCCAGAAAAAAUGGGUGUGAAGCCGAAAGAAGAAGAUCCUAUUAGGCCGUACGGGAUGCCAGAGAGUUACAGCAGCUUUAAGUGA